GAGGCUUCAAGAGUGUGACUAUAUAUCUACUCAAAUGUAAUUAUUUUGGCAAUCAUCCGAAAUACCUCGUGUCGGAUUAUUACUUCAUCUUCUUCCAAUCAUCAUCACCAUAAUCGAUCUUUCAUAAUGCUAUCUUUUUCCCUCUACUCACCCAUUCCUUGCUCUUAUUUUCCAAAGCGCUUCUCUCUAUCAACCAACAAACCUUCUUUUCAUGUAUCCAUCAAAGAUCAAUUUGCCUGUAGCGGUGGAAACACAUGGCCUGAGGAAUCGGUAGUUACUCCAGAGGGGCUUCAUCGCGAGUUAAUGCCGAAUCAUGUGGCAAUCAUCAUGGAUGGAAACAGAAGAUGGGCUCGAUCUCAAAGAUUGAUGCCUCAGGCCGGUUACUUGGCGGGUGCCAGAGCCUUGAAGUUGGUGGUUGAUCUCUGUCGUAAGUGGGGAAUCCAGGUUCUCACCGUCUUCGCCUUCUCAUCUGAUAACUGGUUAAGACCCAAAACUGAAGUUGAUCUCAUCAUGGGUCUGAUUGGAGAUAAAAUAAAAGAUGAAAUUGCUUAUAUGGAGAGGGAGAAUAUCCGGCUUUCUAUCAUGGGAGACGUAUCAAAGCUUCCACAAUCCUUGCGAGAAGUUAUCACACAUGCUGAAAACACCACGAAGAACAAUUCACGACUCAAUCUUGUUAUAGCGGUUAAUUAUAGUGGCAAGUAUGACAUUGUCCAAGCUUGUCAAACCAUAGCUCUAAAGGUCAAAGAUGGUGUGGUUAAAUCCGAAGAAAUCAAUGAGUUGAUGAUUGAUAAUGAAGUUGGUAUGAAGUCCAUGCAAUUACCACACCCUGAUCUCCUUAUUCGGACUAGCGGGGAGGUUAGAGUGAGCAACUUUUAUUUGUGGCAGUUGGCAUAUACUGAACUAUACUUUAUUCAAACACUUUGGCCAGAUUUUGGAGAAGAUGAACUUUUACGUGCUUUACAUGUUUUUCAAGAGAGAUCAAGGAGAUAUGGUGCAUGA